GCCCAUACGAAACGAGAAUGAAAUCCUACACUAGUGGCCACCACAACACUCCAAAGGUAAAACUAUUUCUGAGAAGCUGAUGGCAGAGGCUCCGAGCUUGUAUCUUUAAAAUGCUUCUUGAUAUGGUCAGGCGCCUACCUCAUAUACAAUAUUGCACGGCAAGUGUAUAAAUUACCUAGGUAUCCUCGAUCAGCUCCCCGAGAGCAAUUCACUUUGCCAAGCUCCACUUGCCAACAAUACCGAGGUAUCCCAUUUACGGCUCGUUCACACCAUCUCGAGUAACCGACAUGUCCACAUUGACAGAAUUCCAAUUCUUCCUCCGACUCCCCAUAGAGAUCUAAUAUGCGAUCUUGAACUUUUAUCGCAGCCAACAUGGCUUGAGACAUUACUCCACCGUGGCCAAUAAGAAGCGGUUCUAUGCCGCUAUAGAUAUCGAUACUGAUAAAUUCAUCCAGAAUUACUCGGGGACGAAGACCAUUGCAAAUGAGUCAAAAUGGGCUGACAUGCAUCCAGCCUCGGGUGAAGAAGGCGAGAUGGUCCCUCUUAUGCUGACUUAUGUUCCCAAAGGAGGCGACCCCGCCAAAUCGAUAAUUACUGCGAAAGACAAAGAAUGGUGGACCUGCAAAAAACACUACACCAGCGUUCGUAUUAAUUUUAGAAAGGAUCUCAUUGUCUUCGAUGGAGAGAAAACCAGGUCGUCUUUAGGCUAUCUGUCACCUUUUAACUGGCACUUCCGCCAGUUAGAUGGACUUCACUGGUUUAAAAGGGUACGACACUUGGCCAUUCAGUUAAGGCCUUGCCAGCUUAGACUCGAUGACGAGGCUGUAAUGGAAAUCGAAUCGAUGCCAGAGCUCGAGACCAUCCUCGUGGUCGUUUACCGCGAUCCAAAUUGCAUUUACGGCGCCCCUCGGACUUGGCGUACUUUUCACAAGGGACUCAUGGACGAAUAUAACUAUAUUUCCUAUGAGACAUUCGAGAAGCACCACCCGCAGAACAAAAAGUUCAGGUGUGCGUGUUGCAAAUUUGGCGACAGUGCUCGUUUUAUUCAGAGGUACUUGAAGGACAGAAUAGGGAGUUACUGGAACUACGUAUGCGAAGAUGUUGAUUUCAGGGUCGUAGCGGAUCCUUAUUGAGGAUAAUACACCUGGGUACCUGCCUAGAUGAAUACAAUUCACAAGAGAGCUGUCAAGUUAGCAAGGCAUCUACGUCAUCACUAGGAUAGUAUUGAUAGUGACGAGUCUUAGGAAAUGUUCCCUAGGUAAACAACAAUGCUUACCUAGGUGUAUUCUCAGACAACCCACCAGAACCCCUCUUGAUUCACGACUUGAAGCUACCUUUUUGUUUUUGUUUUUCGUGAUUUUUCUUGUGAAAAAGGUGAUCGGAUAUCCACCUUCUUAAUUUCUAGUGCUACCUAGCUAUGUAGGUGGAUAACCUCAAAUAUUCGUGACUACCUGGGUAUGACGACUAUCAAAUUUUGCCCUUUUUAGGUCAGCCAAUCAUACGUAAGAAUCUUAGGAUAUACGCUUACUACUCGUUAAUUAUUGUGGAUUUGUCACCAGGCACCAUCCGCUGUUACCUUAACCUGGCUCUCACCAACACCUCGAUG